AUGGAUGGAUCCAGUGUUUUCAUCGCUGUCCAGAAAGUAUACUACCCACUGCUGUGCAUCCUGGGAAUUCCAGCUAACCUUUUCACUUUCUACAUGAUCUGCUUCCGUAAAUGUGGCAUGUCCGAGACAGCCAUCAUCUACCUGAGCUGCUUGGCCAUCGUGGACACGUUCUACCUGGUGUGGGUGAUCCUCCUGGACCUGUGCCUCACCUUCCUGCAGCUGCAGCCCUUCUGGCACUCCGACCCCUGGUGCGGCAUCCUGGCCGUCCUGCAGUACGGCGCCCUCUACAGCUCCUCCUGGAUCGUGGUGGUGUUCACCAUCGAGCGCUACCUGGUCCUGAGCGUCACCGGCGCCAGGCAGCGCUUCACGCGCCCGCGCACCCCCGUCCUCACCUGCGUGGCCAUCGUGGCGGUCUCCCACUUGGUCUCGGUGCCCAUGGGUUGGAUCAACGAGGUGACGCCGGUCAACAUGACGCUGGAGGCGGGGAACAUCACUCUGCCGCGCUGCCGCUACAAGGAGGCCCUGUACUCCACGGUGCUGGUGUGGAUCACCACCUUCCUCUCCGGCGGCUUCCCCAUCGUCCUCGUCAUCAUCUACAACUCGCUCAUCGCCUACCACCUGUGCCGCUCCAGCCAGCUCUUCACCAAGGAGGAGCGGCGCACCAUCCGAGGCGCCAACACGCGGGGGAUGGUGCGGCGGACCAUACUGCUCCUGGGCACGGUGUCGGUGGCCUUCGUGGCGCUCAGCCUGCCGCGCUUCAUCACCUACUGCAUCCUGCGCACCGAGUACAACGACAAGGACUUCGACCGCAACGACUAUAGCCUCCCCAUCAACGUCAUGAGCGACCUGGCCAACAUGCUGCAGAACCUCAACUCCACCACCAACUUCUUGCUCUACUGCGUGGUGAGCCGCCGCUUCCGCCGGGAGCUGCUCGGCACUCUGACCUGCGGGUCUAAGGCCCGGGAGUUUGGCUCUUUCCUCACCCAGAACACCAUGAAGGUCUUCUCUGUGGCCCAUCCCAACAGCAGGAGCCCCCCCUGGGGAGGCCAUCCAUGUUGUCCUCACUGA